GUUAUUUCCUCCUGUGUGGUCUGGAAAUGACUUAAGGAGAGGAGGCUGGACUUCCCUGGUGGCCCAGAGCUAGAAAUGAGGUGCCCCAAGGGAGAGCCUCCUGGUGGGUGACAGGAACGGGGACAGAGCUGCUGCUAGGGAGAGCAUUGAAGAUGCAGAACUUCCCAAGCCUGUCGCCCUAGCCUGGCUCCUGGGGAUAAAGUCACCAAAAACACCCCCAAGACCUGCUUUCCCAUUCAUUUGUGACCUCCCUGAUCUGAAGUAACAUGAGUGCUGGAGCAGCUGCUCCCGGAGCUCACUGGUCUGCUUAGCCUCCUGGACCAUGAGUACCUAAGUGACAGCACCCUGGAGAAGAAGAUGGCCGUGGCCUCCAUCCUGCAGAGCCUACAGCCUCUCCCAGCUAAGGAAGUCUCCUACCUAUAUGUGAACACUGCUGACCUCCACUCGGGGCCCAGCUUUGUGGAGUCCCUCUUUGAAGAAUUUGACUGUGACCUGAGUGACCUUCGGGACAUGCCAGAGGACGAUGGGGAGCCCAGCAAAGGAACCAGCCCUGAGCCAGCCAAGAGCCCAUCUCUGAGAAAUGCAGCAGACCUGCCUCCGCCACUGCCCAACAAGCCUCCCCCUGAGGACUACUAUGAGGAGGCCCUUCCUCUGGGACCAGGCAAGUCCCCUGAGUACAUCAGCUCCCACAAUGGAUGCAGCCCAGCCCACUCGAUUGUGGACGGCUAUUAUGAGGAUGCAGACAGCAGCUACCCUGCAGCCAGGAUGAACGGAGAACUGAAGAACUCCUACAAUGACUCGGACGCCAUGAGCAGCUCCUACGAGUCCUAUGAUGAGGAGGAGGAGGAAGGGAAGGGGCCACAGCCUAGGCACCAGUGGCCCUCCGAGGAGGCCUCCAUGCACCUGGUGAGGGACUGCAGGAUAUGUGCCUUCCUGCUGCGGAAAAAGCGCUUUGGACAGUGGGCCAAGCAGCUGACCAUCAUCAAGGAGGACCAGCUCUUGUGUUACAAAAGCUCCAAGGACCGUCAGCCACAUCUGAGGUUGGCGCUGGAUGCCUGCAGCGUCAUCUACGUGCCCAAGGACAGCCGGCACAAGAGGCAUGAGCUGCGCUUCACCCAGGGGGCCACUGAGGUCUUGGUGCUCGCACUGCAGAGCCGGGAGCAAGCUGAGGAAUGGAUGAAGGUCAUCCGAGAGGUCAGCAGGCCAACUGGGGGAGCUGAGGGUACAGAGGCUCCCAGAUCCCCGGUGCUCCAGUGCAAGCUGGACCUGGACAAGAGGCUGUCCCAAGAAAAGCAGACCUCAGACUCCGACAGCCUAGGCAUGGGAGACAGUGCUUCCACCCUCAGCCGCCGGGAGACCUGCGAACAUGGCAAAGGGAAGAAGAGCAGCCUGGCAGAGCUGAAGGGCUCCAUGAGCAGAGCUGCAGGCCGAAAGAUCACCCGCAUCAUCAGCUUCUCCAAGAAAAAAGCACUGGCUGAGGACCUGCAGACGUCCUCUGCAGAGGAGGAGGUCCCCUGCUGUGGCUAUCUGCACGUGCUGGUGAACCAGGGCUGGAAGGAACGCUGGUGCCGCCUCAAAUGCAACACACUGUAUUUCCACAAGGACCGUGCGGACCUGCGGACCCACGUGAACGCAAUCGCCCUCCGGGGCUGUGAGGUGGCUCCGGGCUUUGGGCCCAGACACCCAUUUGCCUUCAGGAUCUUGCGUAACCGGCAGGAGGUGGCCAUCCUGGAGGCGAGCUGUUCAGAGGACAUGGGUCGCUGGCUUGGGCUGCUGCUGGUGGAGAUGGGCUCCAAAGUCACUCCAGAGGCUCUGCACUAUGACUACGUGGACGUGGAGACCUUAACCAGCAUUGUCAGUGCUGGGCGCAACUCCUUCCUAUAUGCAAGAUCCUGCCAGGAUCAGUGGCCUGAGCCCAGAGUCUAUGAUGAUGUUCCUUAUGAAAAGAUGCAGGAUGAGGAGCCUGAGCGCCCCACUGGAGCCCAGGUGAAACGCCAUGCCUCCUCCUGCAGUGAGAAGUCCCAUCGAGUGGAUCCACAGGUCAAGGUCAAACGCCAUGCCUCCAGUGCCAAUCAAUACAAGUAUGGCAAGAACAGAGCUGAGGAGGAUGCCCGGAGAUACCUGGUAGAAAAAGAGAAGCUGGAGAAAGAGAAAGAGACAAUUCGUACAGAGCUGAUGGCACUUCGGCAGGAGAAGAGGGAGCUGCGGGAAGCCAUUCGGAACAGCCCAGGAGCAAAGUUAAAGGCUCUGGAGGAAGCUGUGGCCACCCUGGAAGCUGAGUGUCGGGCAAAGGAGGAACACAGGAUCGACCUAGAACUGAGGCUCGUGGCUGUGAAAGAGCGCUUGCAACAGUCCCUUGCAGGGGGUCCAGCCCUGGGGCUCUCCAUGAGCAGCAAGAACAAGAGUGGGGAAGCUGCAAGUAAAUCUCAAAACAAUGUUCCAGAACAAUCUCUCCCUGUCAACUGCGUUUCUGAGCUGAGGAAGAGGAGUCCAUCCAUUGUAACCUCCAACCAAGGAAGGGUGCUACAGAAAGCCAAGGAAUGGGAAAUGAAGAAGACCUAGAAUGAAGAUGAGGAUUUCAUUCCAAAAGAAAUACCAGUUUGUCCAUCUGAGGCGUAAAUGCUUUUUUCACAAAGAGAAACCAGGAGAAAACUGGAAGUAGCUCCCAUUUUCUGGGGCACCCAAAAGACCAGCCUUUGUUGUCUGAAUGAUUUGGGGGCACCUUGGGAGGGAAGUAGUCAAAAGCAUAUGGAAACAGAGGGGGUUUCCUAUGACUUUACAAAGGGUAGAAAUGGUGGUAGAGGGAGACUGAAUUCUGCACAGUUGUAAAGUUUUUUUUUUUUUAAGAUAUCUUUAUCUUCCCUUCUGGAGAAGAAAUGAAAGCACAUGUGGAUAAGCCAUUCCAUCUCAUCUCAACAUCCCAUUCCCAGUCCUUAAAGCAAACGAAGGCAAUGUGAACAUCAGUGGUACAGUGUAAAGAGAAAAGACUUGAUCAUCUGAUCACACCUGUACCAACUGCAUUCUUCUUGGGCAUUACUGAUCAUCUCUGGACAAGGAAAAUGGGCUGAAAAAUCAAUUAUUAUAUUAUCUCUGCCUGCACAAAAAUGAACAAAAGCUAUCUGGGCAUGAUGGUGCACUCCUGUAAUCCCAGCAGUUUAGGAGGCUGAGGCAGGAGGAUUGCUGAAUUCAAAGCUAGCCUCAGCAAAAGUGAGGCCCUAAGCAACUCAGUGAUACCCUGUCUCUAAAUAAAAUACAAAAUAGGGUUGGGGAUGUGGCUCAGUGGCCAAGUGCCCCUGCAUUCAAUCCCUGGUACCAAAAACAAAAUGCAAAAUGCACAAAAGCUAUCAAGAGCAUGCAAAUUCUACAAUCUUUCCUCAACUGUUUUAGAGCUGGGCACAGUGCAGCUACUGGAGGCUUUCAAAUCUGAGCAUUUUAAAAUCAGAUAUUUGAGUAGCCAGAGGGCAAAGUUCAUCAGCCAACAUAUUUUAAGUUUGCAGUGACAAGAGUACGGAGUUCAGGAUGUUGCAGGCAUUGGAGGGUGGGACUUGCUGUCAGUCAGGUCCUUUACCUAUUUUAUGACACUGAGGAUCCUGGAACUAUGGUUAAAAACUAUGCCUUUAUCCUAAUGAAGUCUUCAUCUUGCACUGGGAAGCCUACCAUUGCUAUAAAGUAAAGCUACCAAGGAAAACCAAGGAUGGUAGCCCAUUUCUGCCACAUGGGUGCAAAAGCUUUUACAAACACUUGAUAUUUUUUUAAGAGAAGCGAGAACCUGAAGUCCUGAGCAAUCUCUUUUUUGUGCCACUUACUCCCAUCUCAAUACUACAGGCACUUUAUGGAUCUGUCUUUAACACAUUUCUCAACAAUAAAGAUAUAAAAAUUUAACUCUUAAAAAGAUAGACUGGGGGGGGGGGAAAUCCCAGAAUAAGUCUGCUAAAGCCUUGACAUAUUUUAUCUACCUUUAGGCUGAACAAACUUCAGACUCAUUCAAACUUCAGCACUCUCUGAAGUAGCUAGAUGCUAGAGCAGGAAAAAUAACCUGACCAAAAUCAUCCAGCUGAGCAUCUGAUUUAGGGGUUAUGAUUCUGGAUCCAGAUAAGGCUCAGUUUGUGCCUCUGCUGCUAUCCAGGGUAACCUUAGGGUAAUCACCUGACCGCUCUGAUUCUUGCUUUCCUUAUCUGUAAAAAACAGGAUUAAUGAUUGUACUUUCUUGCAAAGAUUGUUGGGGGUAUUUAAUGACAUAAUACACAGGAAGCAUCUUG